UUGCUCUCCAAUUUCCUCCCAGGGCAGGGCCUCCCCUCUGCACUGGGCUGGGAUUAAGGUUGAAGUGUCAGGGCAGAAGGUACUGCUGCAGGUGGUCAAUGCCCCCUCAGUGGGGCAAAGAGGCAGUGGAGAACACCACCAGCCUAUGAACUGGGCCCCACAAACAUGCACAUUUGGACCCUGAGAGGAUCACACCAAAAAAAAAGGAGAGAAAACGCAACUGGGUUACUCAUGGUGGAUGUAUUGAGGCCUUAAAUUAUGCAGAAAGCCUCAAAGAAGAACAAACAGGCAGUUGCUUCAUGUAAAGAACUGACCAUCCUUCCUCCAGCCAAGAAAAAAGAGGAAAAUCGGGAGGACUUUGUAGAGCUGCUGCCUCCGGAAGUCAGUUUUAAAAUUUUCAGUGAACUGGAUAUUCAGAGCUUAUGCAAAGCUGCAAUGACAUGCAAGAGCUGGAAUCGUGCAAUUGAGAACAGUGACCAUUUGUGGAAACAUCACUGUUUAACUGUAAGAGCUGUCUGUCAGCGAGAGAUAGACUGUGAUCGAGGAAAUGGAUAUUCAUGGAAGGUCACUCUACUGAGAAACUACUGGAAGAGCAAAGUGAAACAUGAAUGGCUAAGUGGAAAAUAUAGCAACAUUCACUCACGCUGUGGCUUACCAGAAAAAAUCAUGUAUCCCAUGGAUGCUGAUACAUGGGGAGAAAUACUGGAAGCAGAACUGGAGAGAUAAGAAACUAGACAUGGAUCUUAAAUAGCAAGAAAUGGCACAGAACUGACUGUUUUUACUGUAAAUACUUAGCCAUUCACACCAGUGACAUUUGCAAAUAUGUAGUAGAAACUUCACUGAAAAAAAUGUAUAAAUACAGAGUUUAUUUUUAUUUUGCACUUUAUCAGAACAGCUUGUUGUAAAAACCCUAAAUGAGAUAUAAACUAUACAAUGUAAUUAUUUUAAAAGA